AUGGACUGGGGCAGAAUUAAUGCUCGUUGGCCGUGGCAGGAGAUUAGAGGGAGGACAGUGAAGGUAGAAUGGCAUAAGGCUAUAUGGUUUCCUUUGCACACUCCCAAGCACUCUCUCAUUGCUUGGAUGGCUAUCCUCAACAUAUUGCCAAUGGUUGACAGACUUAUCCGUAUGGGGAUUGGGGUGGAUGAUAAGUGUAGGCUAUGUAGAGCCGAGGCCGAGACCCGCAGCCAUGUCUUCUUUGAAUGCUCAUACACGAAAGCUAUUUGGGAGAUGAUCAAUCGAUUGUGUAAUAUCGACAUAACAGUGGAAAGUUGGGAUGAGGAAUUAAGUUGGGCAGUCUCCAGAUUCAGGGGGAAAACUUUUCUUGUUUUUAUAGUUAGAACUGCCUGGUGUGCAUAUAUAUAUUGUAUAUGGGAAGAAAGGAAUCAUAGACAAUUUAGGGGUCACAGUAGGGAUGUUGCUAAUGUAGUGAAUUGUAUUAUUGAGGUUGUUAGGAUGAAAUUUGUUCGUAUGGUUAUACAGAGUAGUGUAGCCAAUAGGGACCUUUGUCUAGCUUGGGGAAUUAGAUCCUCUUAG